AUGGGUACCACGUUCGACCCGGUGGCGACGGUGCAGAGGCAGGCAGACUCGAAAUCCUGCAGUGUGCUGCAAGCGGACGAGUGCUGCCUCCCCACCCCGUUCGAGGACCAGCAUUGCAAGCCCUUGGCCUCGCGGGCUGGACUGGAGGGCGCGCCGGGGCGAUGGUGGGUGCAGAGCGCGCCUGGCGGCACCCCCGCAGAGGACGAGUGCGGCGCUACGCUGGCACCAGUCUGGCGGCCUCCUGAGCUCACACUCAGCCAGAUCUGGGAGUCGGAGCUGCCCUCGGCACUCGAUCCCGCUGCGUCGGCAGCGGCGGCCGCCGCGGCCGCUGCGGCAGCUGCUGCCGCAGCUGCGGCGGCGCAAGGGGACGCAGAGCUGGCGGAUGCGGCGAGGCAGGCUGCUGGCGCCACCCCUGUAGUUCAGAGCCGCUUAGACUCGGCGCUGCAGCAUGACGUGGCAGAGUGCGUCGUGGGCGCGCUGUUUGCAUCCCGCGCCAGCAGCCCCUUCGCACAGGGCGCCAGCGGGCGCGAGGGCGGCGGCGCGGCAGCGCGGAGCGAUGGGCUGUGUGAUGCCGAUGGUGACUCGCCGGACGCGGCAGUGCUGAUGGGGCGAGACGGCGAGGACGACGCCUGCCGCUCGGUGCAGCUCGAGCCGUCAGCACUCCACGCAGACGCUGCCGUCGUGCCGCAGCAGGCGGCAGCGGCGGACGGCCCCGGCGCCCGCCUCGCGGUGGCCGCGGCCCCAGGCGCCCCAAGCAGCAGCGGCGGUGUCGGCAGCAGCGGCGGCGUCGGCAACAGCGGCGGCGGCGGCAGCAGCGGCGGCGGCGGCAGCAGCGGUGGCGGCGGCGCGGUGACCGUGGGCUUUGUGGUCGCCGGUGCUGGGGGAGACGGGGACGCAGCUGCCACGCAGUUGCCCCCUGAUCCUGCCAGCCUGCCGGUGCAGCAGGCGCCAGCGCCCAAGACCGCUGCCGCUCCCUGCCGCGAGGCUGGCGGGGGCAGCCUGCUGCGCCGCGGCCUGUCUGCCAAUGGCGGCGGCAGGACCUUGCACGGGGAGGUGCUCGCAUGCGAACAGGCAGAGCAGGCAGCACCCCGCCAGCACGCGCCGCCGCCAGCGCCGGCCACGGGCCGGCAGGCGCCCCCGCAGCAGCAGCAGCAGCAGCAGCAGCAUGUGGCUGCGCCGCGAGCCGCGUCGCAGGCGUUGGAGCGGCAGGCGGGCGGCGCGUCGCCGUCGCCGCGCGCGACGGCCAUCCCCAUACCUGUGAAGUCGGGCUCGCGCAGCGGCGGCUCAUCGGGCAGCGGCCGCGGGUCGCUGCAGCAGCAGGCGGAACGCCAGCAGUUGCAGCAGCAGAAGCAGCAACAACAGCAGCAGGGCGGUGACGGCGCGGAAGGGUACCAGCCGCAGGCCCCGCAGCCGCAACGCGGCGGCGGCGGCGGCGGCGGUGCGCAGCCGUACCGCGGGCCGCAGACGUGGCAGCCUGGCGGCGGCCUGCAGCAGGGCGGGGCCAAGGCGCCCGCGCCGGCGUUCAAGCCUGGCACAGGCGUCCGCCCGCAGCUCAAAAACGCCGCCGGCAGCCCCGGCCCCAGCCCCGGCCGCGGCCUGCUGUGGUCGCAGCUGCAGGGCAGCGGCAGCAGCGCGGCCGGCAGCCCCAGCGGCCACACCCUCAGCCCCAGCUCUGUCGGAAGCUCAGCGGGCGGCGGCCUGUUUGGCAGCCUGCUCGCGAGCGUGCAGGGGAUCAGUGCAGGCGGCGGCGGCGCAAGCGGCGGCUGGGGCCGGCAGGUGUCGAGCAGCGUUCCUGCCACGAGCUUUUUUGAGGGGCGCCACGGCAGGCUGGUCCGCGCGGGGCACGGCGGCGGCGGCGGGGACGCGGGGGAGGGCGACGACGCGGGCUGCGGCGGGGAGGCGCGCGUGCGGGGCGGGCGGGGCGCGCUGCUGGCGCUCGGCGCGCCCGAGCCCGCGUCGCCGUCGCCCGGCCUCGGGCCGUUUGGCCUGCGCGGCGCCGUCGGCGGCUGCGGCGGCAGCGUGGGCGCCGGGACGUACGCCGGCUACGGUGGCCGCAGCAGCGGCGCGGGCCUGCCGCCGCUCUUCCGGCCGCCGCGCGGCAGCAGCAGCAGCGGCGGCAGCGGUGGCGGCGUGCUCAGCCCCUCGGGCGCCCGCGGCGGCGGCGGGCCGUCGCGCAUGCGCGCGUCCAAGUCCCGCGAGCUCGGUUGA